CUCUCUCUCUCUCGUACACACAAAGCCUCUCCAACACCAACGAGAUGGGUGUGAACCAGGCUCUUCUUCAACUCCUGCUACUCCUGCUCAGCCUGGAUAUUUCAGGUGUCUUUGCCAUUCAUGUUUAUACGUCUGGUAAUGUGGAGGCUGUAAACGGGACAGAUGUUUGGCUGAAAUGUUCUUUCUCCAGCUCCGCACCAAUCAGACGCUCCGUCCUCACCAUCUCCUGGAGCUUCAGGCCUCUGGGUCCCGGACAGGAGGAGACUGUGUUCUACUACCAUGAGAAGCCCUUCCCUCCAUCCGAGGGACGCUUUCAGAAGAAGGUGAUGUGGGCGGGGGAUGUGUCAUCGCGGGACGCCUCCAUUGUAGUGCGAAACGUCAAGUUCAGUUAUAAUGGAACCUUCAGCUGUCAGGUGAAGAACCCACCAGAUGUCCACGGAAACGUGGGAGAGGUGCGGCUACGAGUGGUCACUUCAGCCUCCUUCUCUGAGAUUGUAAUUCUGGCUGUUGCCAUUGGGGGCGCUGUGCUGCUGACAAUUAUCAUCCUGAUUGCUGUCGUGUCUAUCCGGCGGUGUCGGAAGCUGGAGAGGAUGGAGCGGGACGGCAUUCCCAGGAGACACAAAGAGGAGCCAAUGCUGUGGUGAAUGAGAAGAGAGAGAGAGAGAGAACGAUAGGGAGAGAAAGAGAGAGAGAGAGAGAGAGAGAGAUGUAAAGCACCAGUCAAAAGUUUGGUAUUUCUCAUGAUCAUUAGUUCACUCUUAUUCUAAAAUUUGGAAACGACUUAUUAUAACUUUUGACUGGUACUCUUGCGCCUCCCUCUGACCUGAAUGUAUGAAUUUCAUGGUUUGUUGAAAUAUGUGAGAGUGGCUUAUCGGUCCAGGACUAACUAACUGGAUCUAACUGGCCACUUUGUUGGAAAUACCUGCCUUGUGCUUCCACUAACUGACCACUUUAUUGGAAACACCCACCUUGUACUUCCACUAAUUUGCCACUUUAUUGGAAACACCUACCUUGUGC